AUGGAUGAAUCGAUCCACUACGAUUGGACUCUGACAUAUGUGAUCGUGUUGGCAAUGGCCACGGCCACAACGGGCUUGACGCUGCUGCUCUCGUUCAAGCACAUUAAAGUGGGCGACUCAGCCAUACAAUACAUCACCUAUUCGGUCUGCCGCAUGUACUUCAUCUACUCGCUCGUACGACUGUUACUUUACGUGGGGGUGCUAGCCAAUUUUAACGGAUUACGAGACACGCUGGAUGCACUUGGUGAUGGCAAACUCAUGAGAGCCCGGGUGGUCUAUUCCAGCACGAAGGAGUUCACAGCCGUAGCUGUCAGUGUCGCUUUGAUCGGAGACUGCGCUCUGCUGUGCACUACAUUUUUCAUCAUGAUGCUAGCUUACGAGUUGAAACGCCUCAUCAUUAAAACCAUGGACCGCGGCCCGAAGCGUGAGCGCGCUAUCAUUCGACAGUACUGUAUUCGCGCAUACAUCACGGCAAUGAUAUUUGCUAUUGCUAUGGUAGUCUCAGCGUUCUUGCUGUCUCCGUCUGACAAGUCAGAAGUUGCGCAGACGGCUGCCUUUUGGUUCGAGAUGGCGUGUGUUUGGUCAUCGGUGCUGUACCCGACGUACGUCACAAUAUGGAUAUCACGUCAAAAGCGCACAAGAAUUGCCGUAAGCCCAGCUUCGCUGUUACUACACCAUCGCAUUAAGACUUUCGUAACAGUGUACUGCGCUUUCGUGUUCCCGUCCUGCGUUGUAGAAGUAUUUGGUCGUCUCGUAGACGAUGUCAAGAUGGAGUGGGUGGGUGUGACCCAGAUCCUCUACUACUUCUCUGGUGCAGGCGCAGCGUUUGCAAUUGGUACUAGUGCCACUUGCUGCUAUCGCGCACUACGUCCUCUCAUGCCAUCUUAUGUCCACGAGCAGCUUGUCGAAGGUGGAUUUUUCCAAGAUGAACAAGGGCUAGACACCAUGGACGUAAUCGUGGAAGCACCUACCCGACGACCGAUCUUUGUAGUCACGGAUAUUGAAGGUUCGAGUCAACUCUGGGCUGCCAUUUCGCAGUCAAUGGCUGAGGCGCAGUCGAUCCACGAUGACUUGCUACGACAACAACUACCUUGCUUCCGCGGCUACGAGAUCACGACUGCGGGUGAUUCUUUCCAGCUCGCGUUCCAUUGUGUCGGUGAUGCCAUUGGGUGGUGUAUUAGCGUUCAAGAAAAGUUAUUGAAGGCCCUGUGGCCCGCUCCACUGCUUGAAUGCGACAAUGCAGCGCGCGUUUACGACAAGUGGACGCGACUUCUGUUUAAUGGACUUCGGGUCCGCAUGGCCAUUCACGACGGUGAUGAACGUUUGGUGUGCUCGAGGCACCCAACCACAGGCAAAAUGACCUAUCUAGGUCUCAGCGAAAUGAUGGUGCGUGAUAUGAGCGCGAUGGGGCAAGGUGGCCAGAUCGUCAUUAGUGAAUCUGCUCUUGCCAUUUACAAGGACGAACUACUGAAGACACCUUCGAGCGUGGUUGGAACCAAAGCCAAAAAGUUCCGAUUGAAACCAUUUCGAACGUUUGACCAGCCGGAAUGGAACAUUUCACUCCCAAUGUACGAGAUCGUGUCGACUCGGAUCGGAGACCGUUUCAAUUUUCAAACAAAUAAUCGACACCGAGAGCGAUUGCAAUUCCUGUUGCCCUUUUGGAGCAACGAAUCGUCUACACGUGAUGCAGACAGGACAACAGAUGUUAAAACUGAAGAUUCAGUGUAG